GCCAGAGGUGCUGCAGGCAGCUGCAGCUAUGUGCGGCUGUGGGCGUGUGCAGGCAGCGGGCUGCAACUGACUGCAGGUCCCUCAGGAGGCUGCGAGCUGCCAAACACACGCUCUGUGCAGAUGCAGAUGCAGAUCUACGAGUCGGGUUGCCAUGGUGACAGCAGCAAGCCCAGGGUGGAGGCUGCCUUGCUGUGUGCUGAUAAGGCCUCUAGUCAGGGUGGGCACUCCCUGCACAAGCCGCCCACUGAAAUAGCUGAUGCACGAACCUCUUUUAUUCCCCCGUAUUGACGUCUGCACCAGACGCGGACUCUCAAUGUCAUCUGUCAGCGGGUCUGGGCUUCCCAGCCAGCAACUGUCAGCUGUGUAAAGUCAGUGAGAAACCAUCCACUAACCUGUGUGACCGCAAAUCCGGCUGGACUGCUGCUCCCAACGGCAAUGCAGAGGCCGGCCCAGACGUCACCGGGGAGUGUCUGCUCCAAACGGCCGCCCAGCGCGCCCGGCUCACCGGCUCCCACCAUCUCGGCUAGGAUGGAUGGGCAGGGUUACCCGUACAAGGAGCUGGCUGCCAUCCCCACAGACAAGGCCAUCCUGGAGAUUGAACGCCCGGACCUGAUGAUCUAUGAGCCUCACUAUAGCUACGUGUACGCUGAGCGCCCCGAGCCCCAGGGCUCUGCCGAGCGUCCACAUUCACCAAGGCCCAUGUCACCUCUCACCUAUCCUGAGUGUGCGAUGUACAAGGAGAGCAGGGAGUGGAUGGACGAGCGGUCUCCUGGCUCCUCACUGAGAUCUGCCUGUUCCCGCCGGAGCUACCCCCCCACCGGGAGCCUCCCUCACCACUUCCACCGGCCAGAUAUCGGCACCAACAUGUACAGGAAGCGGCCGAUCUACAAGCUGGACGAACCAUCGGCUAUGCUUCCACCGAGCAAAUACAUUGAGGAUCUCAUCAUCGAAUCGUCCAAGUUUCCGGCAGCUCAGCCUCCGGACCCCAACCUUCCCGCCAAGAUUGAGACAGAGUACUGGCCCUGCCCCCCGUCCCUCGCUGUUGUGGAGAAAGAAUGGCGGCGGAGGAUCGCCUCUAGAACAGAGGAGGAGGAGGAGGAUGAUGAUGAUGAUGAUGAUGAGGACGAGGACGAGACGAUGGGCCGUCUGCGCGAGAUUCAGCGGCAGGAACUCAACAAGAUCCAGUCAGGGUUGGGGAAGAUGAUCCUGAAGGAGGAGCUGGAGAGGCCGAAGCCGCGUGGCAGGAAAUCACGGUCACUCCCGGACAGAACCACUCGCAGCUUCUCCCCACAGGAUUCGGCCCCCAAGUCUCCCUCCCUGCCCUACCAUGGAAGGAAUGGCCUCUACAGGCUGCAGUCAGCUGACUUUGCCACCCCUCACCAACGGUACCAGAGGAGCGGGACAGAUAUCCAGAACGAGGACAGUGCGACGGGGAGGAUGGACCGAGGGACCUCAUUGCCCACCAUGCUGGAGCUGAAGAUCUACCCGUACGAGCUGCUGAAGGGGAGCAGCAUGAGGAGCAUCAACCUGCCGCACGGAGUGGACCGGCCCCGGCUGGAGCGGCACCUGAGCGUGCAGGAGUUCCAGCAGGUGUUCGGGAUGGGCAUCCAGGAGUUUGACAGCUUGCCCCAGUGGAGACGGACUGAGUUGAAGAAGAGAGCCUGCCUCUUCUGACCCACCAGGCUGCCCCCCGUACACUGUGUGUGUGUGUGUGUGUGUGUGUGUGUGUGUGUGUGUGUGUGGGUGUGCUGGCAGGCUGACCCUUGCUUACAGUCACACCCCCCUUCCGCUGGUGGUGACCCCCCCUCUUGCCCCCCCCCCCUCGCUGGCAGUGACCCUGCUGAUAAUGACCCCCCCCCCCCCCCGUAUCGUGCACAAGUCCCAGUCAAUACCUGACUGACUGAUUUAUUUGCCCCUCUCCGCGGGGGUGGAGUUGACGUGAGGGUGUUUCUGAUUUGAAUGGGGUGUGCUGCCUGCCCUCACGGACCACCACACCUACACUCACACCCACUGCUGCCCGCUCACUACCACUGACCCACACCCACUGCUGCCCGCUCACUACCACUGACCCACACCCACUGCUGCCCGCUCACUACCACUGGCCCACACCCACU